ACUGUCACUUUAGGAAUAUUAUUCCAAUGAAUUAUAUGUAGGGCACGCGUUAAAAUUGUAAGUAUUAAACCUGAACUAAACAUGCUUGUACGCUCUGUUGUAAGCUGCAUUUCGCAAGUGUUCGCGAGGUCUUUCACGUCCUCAUUUGGCAAUGGACUGAUGCAAAAGAUUGUAAGCUACCAUAUCCUCAUUAGGCGUGUUGCUUGCGACCAUAGGAAUGACAAUAAUGAUGUCGCGCAAAAUGAGACCAAACUUGCAAUGGAUAACCUCACGGCUGUUUUAUACGGCAUCGAUGACAUGCGCUUGGAGCAACGGCCAAUACCCGAUAUUUCCCCAGAAGAAGUUUUGAUCGCAAUGGAUAGCGUCGGAAUUUGUGGGUCAGAUGUGCAUUAUUUGACUAAAGGUCGUAUCGGCCACUUUGUGGUGACCAAGCCCAUGGUAAUCGGCCACGAAAGCGCAGGUGUGGUUGCCAAAGUGGGCAGCAAAGUUAAGAAUCUGACUGUAGGAGACCGAGUUGCCAUUGAGCCGGGAGUUCCUUGCUACAAAUGCGAUCAUUGCAAGCAAGGCAGCUACAAUCUGUGUCCCGAUAUGGUAUUCUGUGCCACGCCCCCUUACGAUGGUAACCUGACCCGAUACUAUAAGCACGCAGCGGACUUUUGCUUUAAGUUGCCUGAUCAUGUCACCAUGGAGGAGGGUGCGUUACUAGAACCUCUAUCCGUGGGAGUGCAUGCCUGCAAACGUGCAGGCGUCAGCUUGGGAUCGAGGGUGCUGAUUCUAGGUGCAGGUCCUAUUGGAUUGGUUACACUGCUGGUUGCUCAAUCCAUGGGUGCAACGGAAAUUUUAAUAACCGACCUGGUGCAACACCGUCUGGACAUUGCUAAAGAGCUAGGCGCCACUCACACGCUGCUGCUGACGAGUGAUGAUACGGCUGAGCAGGUCGUGGACUGUGUACAUCACACAAUGUUUGAAGACCCCGACAUAUCGAUUGAUUGCUGUGGGGCAGAGAACAGCACACGCUUGGCGAUCUUUGCUACACGAGCAGGAGGUGUUGUUGUUAUUGUUGGCAUGGGACUGCCUGAAAUGAAGCUGCCCCUAUUCAAUGCCCUGGCUCGAGAGGUAGACAUUCGCGGUGUCUUCCGUUACUGCAAUGACUAUGCCGCUGCUUUGGCCCUGGUGGCUUCUGGAAGAGUGACUGUAAAGCGGCUUGUCACCCACCACUUUGAUAUUAUGGAGACCCAAAAGGCAUUCGAAACAGCUCAUAGUGGCACGGGCGGUGUCAUCAAAGUUAUGAUACAUGUUCAACCUAGGAAUACCAACAAUCCUGUAAAAUUUUAGAUUGUAGUAAGCUCUGGGCUUAGAAAGUAUGGGCUCUGAAAAUAUGUAGUACGUAUAGUCAGAAAGAAUAAAUAUUUUAGUUUGGUGCAAAAUUUAACUUUGUUCUUAGAGUUCUUUAUAUCGGCACUUUACACUUGGAGAAAAAUAGUUAAAGUGUCCAAUAUGCUGUACUGCCGGUUGUCCCAAUCUCUUUUCACCAACUCAUUCGUUAGGCUGGCUUCCUGCCGUUCAUUGUUUUCUACGAUUCGUUAUUUACAUGAAGAUAGAACUGGUCCCGAUUCUGAAUUCAAAAAACUAUUGCUACAACAAAUGAAGAAGAAUGCUGAACUGAAAACCGAAGCUGCUAAGGAAAAGCAAAAGACAGACUCCGCCAUUUUAUCUAAAGAGAAAAAGGUGAAUCCCCCGACCACUAUUGAUAUAACUGAGAACAGCAGAAAUCUGUAUGGUUCUGAGUUCCCAGUCAAUGGGAGCCCAGCCUCUAAGGGUUCAUUGGAAUCCAACUCACCGACUGUAAGUCAAUCUCAGAAUAAGGACAGCAAGUUGAAUUCGAAUGUAAAAGCAUUUGAAAAGAGGACGAAAAGGUUUGUCGAAUCAGCCUUACGGAAAAGAAAAGGGUCUAAGCGUCAACUGCUGACGAAUGAAAGAAUGUCGAAGAAACUUAAAAUAGAAGAAACUCAGACAAAAUUGGAAAAUAAAAGCUUAAAACUAUCAAAAGAAGAUAAUGAUAAAGUCAAAAACAAGCCUGUCGAACAAAGUAAAAGUGAUGAAAGCUUAGGUGAUGAAAAGUCUCAUGCUGAAGCUAAAGCAGAACUUGCAAGAAGUAUAAUUGCGUUCAAAGCAGAACAGAUGAUUUCAAAUGAAAAGAAAAUCCUUAAGGAGCAGAGCAAAAGCAAUCCAGAAGCAGAUAAAACUUCAAUUAAUCUCUCGGGCAGUGAGAACAAAAGCAAUGACAGGAUAAAGCUGGGAAACCAAGGGAAAUCUGAAAAAAAUGUGAAUCGUAAAACCGAUAGAAACAGAACCAGCACAAGCAAAAAUGGAUUUGAGCGAUUCAUGACCAACAUAAAAGACAAAAAUCAACAAGCCCCAAAGCAAUCCCAAACGCCUUCCGACUCGGUGAACAUUAAAUCAUUUAUGAAGAGCAGAUUUCUUGAAUACAUUUCUAAAGCUAGAAGUAGGGCCAUGCAAAGUAAAUUAAAGCAACCCACUUCUCUAAAAGCUAGGAAGAAUUCGAGUACAACAAUCAAAACUGAUUCAAACAAAAAUGAUCAUUUACGAAGAUCCAUAGAAAUUAAGGGAGGGUUACCCAAACCAAGAGCCAGUCAGAACGAGAGUGUAUCUGAGAAAGGAACUGAAUCAAUUAAAAUUGAAAAAAUCAAAAAUCCUACUCAAACCCAGUUUGAGACAAAGUCUAGCAGAGAAAUCAAUUCUAACUCGACUACAAAUGAUAAUUCCAAGCAAUUAUCCAAAACAAUCACCCUCCCAGGCACGAUAAGCAACAAGGGCGUUUCAAUCAAAUCCGAAAGCGAAGAGCCUAAAUUGGAAGUAGUUGAACGAGACUCUCUGAGAAAUAAACCAACUCAAAAUCAGUUUGAGACAAAGCCAAGUACAGCAACCAAAACUGAAUUGGACACAAAGGAUUUUUCUAAUAUCUCCAACAAACACAAGAAAGGGCUAUCCAAAUCAAAGACCCCUCAGAGUGCAUCGAGCGGCAAGAGCGCAGCAACACCAUCUGAGGCAUUACAAAAUACGUCCAGCUUCACUACUAAAAUUGAUGAAGAGCUAAUCAAGGCUAAGAAAUUGCAGAACUUGCAGUCAGCAAAGAAGGCUAAAGAGGCGAAAUCCAAGAGCAUCAAAACAAAACCAAAUCCAACAAAACCAAACUCCCCAUCAAGCCUAUAGAAGACUGAGAGUACACAGCAGAUACGAACCCAACGCCAGCUGAUGUUGAUAAUUUGUUUGAGUCGCUAAGCCAUGUACACUAUUCUCCAGUUCCGAUAUAAAGCUCGUCUAAUUAAA